AUGCCCGGCAAAACACCCCAACGCAACGGCAAGGAGCCCGUCGAGAACGGCAUCCGCAAGAACAAGACCAAGGACGUCGAGAUGACGGACGACAAGUCGUCGCUCAAGGGCAAGGGCAAGGGCCAGCCCAAGAAGGGCGCCAAGGAGGGCGAGGACAUGACCGUCGUCGUGCCCCCCUCGAAAAACACAAAGCAGUCGUCCGCACCGCCCCCCGCCGACGCCGAUGGCGAUGUCGCCAUGGACGAGUCCGACAAGCCCGACGACCUCGAGGUCAAGGUCGACCCCGUCACCCAAGCCAUCACAGAUAUCAAGAGCAACUUUGCCCUGCUAGACCGGGCUGUCGCUCUGUUCGACGCCAGAUUCUCCCUCAGAGCCCUCCGGUCCAUCUCGUCGCUGCGUAAGCGCCUCACCCCGGAUAUCCUCGCACAGGUCGUCUCCGAGUCAUGGCCGGCCUCCUCCCCGUCCGCCAACGUGGCCAAGCAGCUGCUGGCUGCCGUCGGCAAGGAGAGCACCCCGCUGGGCCGCCAGCCCGGCCCCGAGAUGGAGAUCGACAGCGAGCCCAAGGCCCCGGCCAAGAACGGCAAGAAGGAGAAGGAAGCCCGGGACCCCAUCCCCGAGAUCGAUAUCUUCCUCGGCAUCCUGGCCCAGGUGCAUCUGUUCGACUCGAAACAGUACCAGCAGGGCGCCAGGUUCUCCAAGUACCUCACCGACCGCAUCCAGUCGCUGAACCGCCGUACUCUCGACUCGCUCUCUGCCAAGGUCUACUUCUACUACUCCUUGUUCUGCGAGCAGCUUGCUCCUCUGCCGCCUUCGCCUCAGUCCCCCAUCGUCUCCAUCCGCCCUACACUGCUGGCGGCGCUGCGGACUGCUGUCUUGCGCAAGGAUGUCGACACCCAGGCGACCGUCAUCGUCCUCCUUCUCCGCAGCUAUCUCCUGACCUCGCACAUCUCCCAGGCCGACCUGCUCGUGUCCCACACCCAGUCCCCCGAGAACGCUGCCAACAACCAGGUCGCCCGUUUCCUGUACUACCUGGGCCGCAUCCGAGCUAUCCAGCUGCGAUACACCGAGGCGCAUGAGCAUCUGACGGCCGCCACUCGCAAAGCCCCCGCAAGCUCGUGUGCCCUCGGCUUCUCCCAGACCGCCACCAAGCUCCUGCUCGUCGUCGAGUUGCUGAUGGGCGACAUCCCCGAGAGAUCGACCUUCCGCCAGGCCAACAUGGAGCAGGCCCUGCACCCUUACUUCCUGCUUGUCCAGGCCGUGCGCGUCGGCAACUUGGAGGACUUUGAGACCAACAUUGCCGACCACGCCGAGACCUUCCGCCGCGACGGCACCUACUCCCUGAUCCUCCGCCUGCGUCAGAACGUCAUCAAGACCGGUAUCCGUAUGAUGAGUCUGAGCUACAGCCGCAUUUCCCUCCGCGACAUUUGCAUCCGUCUGCACCUUGGUAGUGAGGAGAGUGCCGAGUACAUCGUCGCCAAGGCUAUCCGGGACGGCGUGAUCGAGGCCACAUUGGACCGCGAGAGGGGUUUCAUGAAGAGCAAGGAGGUCGGCGAUGUCUACGCCACCAGGGAGCCUGGUGAGGCUUUCCACGACCGUAUCCGCGCUUGUCUAGCCCUGCAUGACGAGAGCGUCAAGGCCAUGCGCUUCCCCAUGAACCAACAUCGCCUAGAGCUCAAGAAUGCCCAGGAGGCUCGGGAACGCGAGCGUGAGAUGGCCAAGGAGAUACAGGAGGGAGACCUGGACGAGGACGACCUCGGUGGUGACUUCGAAGGCAUGUAA